CUCCCUGCUCGCAAGCUCGGCUAUAAAAGCCAUCAGAAAAACCCUACUCCCCUUUACUCUGAAAUCUGAACCCCGCUCUCCACGCCUCGAAUAGUCGAAGCUCUGACAGAAGGUAACAAAGCCCUAUCCUAUCUCUCAAAUAACUUUCUCCGAUCCAUAAAGUCUGUAAAUAUAAUCGGCCAGCUUCUCUGCUUGGCUGCUGGGGAAGUUCAAAAAACCCAAAACAGUUUAGAUCUUUGAUUUUAAGGCAAUGGCUCCUAAACAGCCAAAUACUGGCCUCUUUGUGGGUUUAAAUAAAGGCCAUAUUGUCACCAAGAAAGAUUUGGCUCCUCGACCCUCUGAUCGCAAAGGAAAAACAAGUAAAAGAGUCCACUUUGUGAGGAACUUGAUCAGGGAAGUUGCUGGAUUUGCACCAUAUGAGAAGAGGAUCACUGAGCUUCUAAAAGUUGGUAAGGACAAGCGAGCACUGAAAGUCGCCAAAAGAAAGCUUGGAACCCACAAGAGGGCAAAGAAGAAGCGCGAGGAAAUGUCUGGUGUUCUCCGCAAGAUGAGGUCUGGUGGAGCUGGAGAAAAGAAGAAGUGAUCUAAUAACCUAUGCAAUAUUUAUGGUCCAGACUGUCGGAGACUCGUUCCGAGUCUUUUUUAUGUUCUUUCCUUUUAUUGAGACAAAAUGUGAAGCACUUUUAUGCGCAUUUUUUUUGCUAGAAUUGAGGUGCGACUUACCGUUUUGCUUGGAUUUGCUGAUCUUUUGUGAUGUUUUACGAUAUUGCAUGCAUGCGUUAAUUCUUC